AUGGUAACACACGAGGUCAAUAAGCAAUCCUGUAGGUGUGUUUCAUCCUUGAGUUCGAACACCCUCUACCAGGUACAACAUGAAGCUAGCUGCUGGACCCUCAUAGUUACGUCACCACCACAGCAUCCUGUUAUAAGACACAUCGAACUUGUCACAUGUACGCUAGAUGGCAAAGGUAUAACCAAAACAGGAAAGAGCACUGGGGCUAUACCACGACAUCAAGUUGUCAACCAAAAGAGUUUUUCAUCACAAAAGAGCAUUUCAUCACGAGAGGGUUUCACAAGAAAGGAUAAUGGUACAAUUUCUCAUUCAAUUUCUCCUAUUGAUGAGGACGCAGCUGGAAUUGCUUGCAACGAUGAAGAAAAUGAUCACAAUGUGUUGAAAAAGCUAGUGAAGCUAACUAUUACUAACAAUGCAUUAUUAAGAGAACAAAAUCAAUUAAUCAAGGAUCUUAAUAAAAAACUUGCAAUAACCAACAAAUCCACUCCUGAAAAUGAAGAACUCUUGGAGCGAUUCAAACAUCUUUUUCCAAUAAAAGAUGAUGAUGCACUAAAGGAAGUAAAUUCUGUAUUGGGUGACGACAAGGAGUUUUAUAAUUAUGUUGUAAGUUAUUAA